ACAGACAUGAAAACAUAUUUCCUAACAAUCUUUUCCUCACUGUUGUGAAUAAGAAGAAACCUUUAAUUAUAUUUUAUUGUUUUUAUUUAUAAGAAUGGCAUCUUCUUGUGUCCAAGAGUGUUUUCACUUUAGCUUGACAAAUACAAACCUGUAUCCUUCACACUGAAAAAAUAAUUCUAGGACAUUUUGGUAGCGACCGAAGAACAGAAUGGCUUCUGAGAAAAUUGAAAACAGCCAGGAAGUUUAUAUUAUUCAGACUGAACCCUCUGAAAAAAGUACGGAAACAAAAGCAUGUUGGCAUAUCGAUAGAAAAAUGGUUAGAUUCAAAAUUCAUUUCUUUUUAUACAAUGGAGCUCUUGGAGCAACAAUACCUUUUGUAGUAGUAUUUGCAAAAGAAAGACUUGGACUUGCAGCGACAUCUAUGGGGGCAGUGCUCACGGCUCAGAUGUUUCUAUUCAUUUUCACCAAGCCUCUCAUUGGCUACAUCGCAGAUUACUUCAACAAACUCAAAUUCAUCAUCUGUGUCCUGACUAUCCUCAAUAUGAUGUGCUAUUUCUUGAUGCUUGCCCUCCCCAAGAACGAUCGGGGUGAAAUAACAAAUUCGUCUGAUUCUUUUGAAAAGAUUCCGAUGAAUGCAUCAAAUUUGGAUCGUAACUUCAAGUAUUUAUAUGAAUUCAUUGAGAAUAAAAUUAAUUUUUCAAUGGCAGAUUGCUUCGAAACAAAUUAUGAUGAGAUUCAAAUUCAAGAUAAAAACUUUAUGAUGUGUUCCUUUGAAACGAAAUGGUGUUUGAAUGCCCCUAACAACUUCUCUUUUGAUAAAAUGCAAAACAGUGAUGACUGUGAAUACAAGUGUGUUUUAUUUUUUAGUCAAGCUGACACUUUGAAUAUUAGCUUACCCUUAUGCAAUGACAUCUCUUCAGGUAUACAGUGUUUAGAUGAUGACAAGCGUCUAUUUUAUUCAAAAAUAACUAAAUCAACUGAAAGCAAUCGAACAAAUGUGGAUAAUGAAUUUUUUAUGUAUUUAAUAAAACCUAACUGUUCAGUGGAUAAUUUUAUGUAUUGCAGUGAGCAAAACUUAUCAAGAAAGAACUUAUUAGAUAUUAUCAAAAGGGUAAAUCAAGCUGACACCAAUAUAUUAAAGAGAAAUCUGUCAGAUGUGGAUAUAUCUGAAAACAGAAGGAUAAGUGAUUUUAAGACUUAUCAGUUCUGGACAUUUGCUUUCCUAUUUACAUUUUCAAGCAUCUGCACCAAUGCCAUUUUUACUCUUUCCGAUACAGCAUGCUGUGAAACCAUCCAAAAAACUGGAGCUGUGUUCGGAAGGCAACGUAUGUGGGGUUCCAUUGGAUGGGGCAUCAUUGCUCCUGUAGCGGGCUUACUCAACGAUUACACUGGAGAUUUUCUUGCAGCCUGGAUCUUGAUGGCAACAUCGUUGCUCUUAUUUCUUUGGAACAUUUCUAAGCUAGAUCUCACUAAACCCCAAUUCUCGAAGAACAUUCUGCGUGACGUUGGGAUUGUCCUCAGAUCAAAAGAAUUCCUUGCCUACGAAGCUGUGAUUCUGAUGAAUGGACUUGGAACGGGGUUGAUAUGGUUUUAUUUGAUCUGGUUCUUGAGAACCAUAGGAGGAAGCGAACUUCUCUGUGGGCUAUGUCUCACAGUUCAAAGUUUUGGGGGCGCAAUCCCACUCAUGUUCUUUUCUGGUUGGAUCAUACGAAAAUGUGGACAUUUUCAACUAUUGUCUUUAUCCCUGUUGACAUAUAUAAUACGUUUCUUAUAUUAUAGUCAGCUAUACAGGCCCUGGUGGGUACUUCCUUUAGAAUUCUGCCAUGGUAUUACGUUUGGUCUUUAUUACACUGUCAUAGCAUCCUAUGGGAAGCUAAGUUCUAAACCCGGUACUGAAGCAACGACUCAGUCAAUACUGUUCAGCACUCAUGAAGGCCUAGGUGCAAGCAUCGGUUGUGUGCUCGCGGGAAUCGGUUUCGACCACUUGGGAGGCCACGAGACGUUUUUCAUUGCUGGCAUCUUCUUCGUUUUCGGCUUCGCCAUCAGUCUUUUCUUGCUCUUUUUCGUCAUCCAGAAGCAGAAGAGAACAUAUAGAAUUCCUUGCAUGUCUUCGAAGUCAUUUUAGGACUUUCUUUUGCUUACUGGACGUCAUUCUAUUACGACUUACAGAAAAUUUCAUUUACUGUAUCCGCAAUUUCUGGCUCUUUUUCCAUGAAAAAAUUCAACGAAUGUUGAAUGGAACAAAAUGCAAUUAAUGAUAUACCACAGAAUUCAUGGUAAAACUAAGAUAUUUAAUUUCAUUGCGGUAUAAAUAUGCACAGAGAAAUUAUUUUUGAUUUGAUUUGAUUAAUAUUAGUACUGUAGAGAGUUUCUCACUGUCACAGAACCAGAAAGAAACUCCCAAAAUAAUUUUCACUUCAAAUUCUGUUUUUUUUCUUUAUUUGCAUAAUAUAGAUUUGCGGUGUAAUGAAAGUAAUCGAGCAGGCCUUUUGAUUCUUUAUAUUCACUUCUGUCAAAAUCUAACAAAGAUCUUUAAUUUUAUUGUCAAAGCCAUAUAUAAAAUUUCAUCCGCCUGGCUUGAAGCGUUUUCGAAUUACCGUACUGACAAACAGACGAGCAGAAAGAUAUAAUUCCAUAAAUAUGUCUUUCGGCACAGGAAGUAAGAUAGAGCACGACAAACAUAAAGGGGAGUCUGAAAGACGCAUUAAUAUCCGGGGGCAGAAUUUUUCUUAUUACAAACACUUUCUUUUUUUCUGCAAAAAAGUAAAUUAACAAAAUUUUUAAAAGCUUUCCUAGUUUUAAUUUAUCCAUUGACACCAACAAAAUCCACAUUUUCUUUGUGCUUGUCGUGCAUAGUGGUUGAUUGCUUGCGUAUGUCAUACGCUUCUUUAGGUUGAUUAGAUAGCCGUCUGUUAAAUAAACAUUUACACAGAUGUCCAUUUCAAUCGUGGCCCAAUAGCUUAUUUCUAAACUGUUUGAGAUGGGCAUAUAUUUCAAUGCAGAAAAAUGCUCGAUGCAAAAGAUUAUAUUUUAUGUUGUUUCAGUCAAUAAAUGUAUUAUGUAAGAUUAGGAAUGUUACCAAGUUCCCUGGUCAUAUUAGUCAUAUUUAGUAAAAUACUAGCCGCCUUUGGCGACCAGCCGGUUCGCCAAUCUUAAUGUUCGUUUAAAUUUUAAUAAUUAAAUAUUUUAUGCAAUUCCUAUUUUAAUAGCUUCUUCAUCAAAAUAUUUUAAAACUUCACAUUUUGAUAGUCAUAUAAUUCUCUCAUAAUAUUAUAAACGCCUUCAGUCAUAACGUAAUAUGUAUCUCUGUAAUUUUCUGUUAGUUUCGUAGAAUUUAUACUAUAAAUUAAUGUGGAAAGGAUUAAUCUGCAAUUAAUAUAAUAAUAUUUUUUUACUGAAACAAAGUAAUUUUUUGUAAUAUGAUUACUGAAAACAGUCACUGAGCGUUUAAACUUUAUGGGCACUAAAGAAUAUCUUUCCUAAUUUAUGUAAUAUUUGAAGAAUUUGUAAACAAAAUAUUCUCAGAUUCAUUAUGACCAGAACGAUUAAUUAACAAUGUUUAGUUUUAAAUGCAUCAAACACUAAGAAAAUAAAACGAAUCGUUUAAAAUAAUCGGUUGAAAGCAGGUUAAAAAAAACUAAAAAAGCGAUGUACUUAAAACUAUAAGCGUAUACAAAAAAUAUAUAACUAACAAAAAUACAAUUUAAUUACAAAAACAUGCAACUAAGCAAAAAAUAAUUUAAAUCGUCCGUUGACAAUGGUUGUCAUGUCAACAAUCAGAACACAAUGCGCAUGCUUGAAUUUUCAACGCCAGUUACGGUAACGCAAAUGCAUGAGUUUUUCUACGCCAGUUGGGGUAACGCUAUGCAGAUUAGACAUUUUUAAUUUUCUUUAUUCUGUUUUAUUUUAAUUCAAAAGUACUUAAGAAUGAAUCUGAAAGAUCUAUUAAUUAACAAUGUUCAAUUUUAAAUGCAUCAAACAUUAAGAAAAUAAAUAGAAUCAUUUCAAAUAAUCAGCCAAAAAAUCUUAAGCCCAGCCUCAUGACUGUUGGGGAAAAAACUGAAGCCGUACUCAUUUGGCGGUGGGAAAAAUGAAAAGAUUUUUUUGGCGGGAAAGUUAGUUUUUAAUUAAUAAUUAAAAAUUCAAAAAAAGGGCUAUCCUAUCUUUUAAGGUAGAUCAAACUGCACACGGUGUUCAAAUUUGAUUAAAAUCGGUUAAGUAGUUUAGGAAUCCAUCGCGGACAAACAACGUGACACGUAAUUUAUAUAUAUUAAGAUUAUCAAAUAUAAUGUGUGACAUCAUGGAAGUACACGGAAAUUUUUUAAUUGCAUUUUUGUGGAAGAGUAACAACUACACUAAAAACUACAUUGCUACAUUAUAACUACACUAAACCGAGACAAGGAAAAUUAGCAGUAUUAGAGAAAUAGCUGCAUUUUGCCGAAACUAUGCUGAGCAAUGCUAUAAGUUCGACGUUUGGCGCAACUCUGCAUACAAUGGUGAUUUUAAAGAUACAUUUUCUUUUUUUUAUAUACACACAAAAAGCCAAAACGUAUGUCAUCAAACAACAGGUAUACUGCCAACAUCGACGAUUUCGGGUGUGCGCAAGCAAGUUAAAAUUAAUUCGCACACAGUUAACGGAAUAUCGUUCUCGGCUUUCAACCACUCACACAUAUUUUCAAAGCACAACAUGAACUGCUCAAUUAAGAGCUGAAGAUUAAAAUAUGCUGUUAUCCACUUUUUUGUAUAAGGAAAAACAUGAAAAUAUAAUAAUAAAAAUAUGAAAAACCCCCAAUUCUCCGUCCUUUGAUUUGUAAAAUUAUCCUCUAUUAACACAUGCGAAUUCUAUACAAUUCAUGCGAUAUUCUAAUAAUGUAAUAAACACAAUUUGACACAUCUAUUUCUACGUUGUCUUAUGAGGUAUUGUGAUCCUCUUCCCUCACCCAGGGAUUCUAAAUUAAAAUUAUCCCGAUGGAUUUGAUGUGUAUCAUGUGGAAAUAGGCAUAUUUCAAUUCACGAUUACAGUUAUAAAAUCUAAUUUUCACCCAACCAGCUUACAGUAAAUGUCUAAGCACUUUUUCUAUGAUUUGUUUUAUUUUUAACUAGUUGCCCCAGGUAAUCAAAUAGUUCGUCAGGAAUAUUAGCUACAUUUGUUUUCAGAUGCAAAUUCACAUCCAUGAUUCCAUCAUAUUAUUUGGCAUUAAAUCCCUAUUAUUUUAAUUGUAUUUUAUAUGCUUUGUUUAUUGUGUACAUGAACUUUUCUGAUAGAGAGCUGUCCCAAUCAUCAUAACGCUAUUAAAAACGUAAAUGGCCGGUGCAUUCGCGAUAUUAUAACUUCAUUUUUUAUUUGUCUUGUAAACUACACAGAUAUUAAACAGAAUCAUGCUUCCUUAGAAUGAAAUAAUGAAAAGAAAAUUACUUGAUUAAAUAUUUGAUAAAACACUGAAACACAUUUGAAUUUUAGGACAACUAUUUGAAUUGAGGUAUAGUUUAUUGUUGGAAAUGAAUCAAAAAUAUUUAUUAAAAUAUCAUAAUUCAUCAAAAGUUUACAUGAUUAUUAAACUGGCAUCAUUAAAAAGGACAGUUUUUACAUUUUAAAGCGCUGCAAAAUUAAUUUUCGUGUGAUAAUAUAUUCGGAAGAUAUUGCGAAAAAAUGCCGAAAUUUGACUUAAUUUUUAAUUAUUUAAAAUUUUAAUUAAAAUUACAAAAAAAUUAUUCCAACGUGCACAUUUUCACCUGCCAAGGUAUAUUGUGCCAAAUUUGGAGCUGUAAAUCAAAUGGUUUGGACUGUAUACCGCGCUUACACACUCAUAUUCAUCAUUAUUAUUAGUAGAGAAAUAUAUAAUCUUCGUUGGUUAACAUGCAUGGUAACGCAUGGAUUUUUGUUUUUGUUUAUAGAAGUUUUUUAAGAUCAACCAAGAACAAAUGUUUUUAUAAUUGUAUUCAAAUUAGAUUCGACCAAUUGUAAAAAUUGUCCCUUUUUUCUCAAAUGGACAUCUAUCUUUGCUAAUAAUAAAAAUGAAUAUGGAUAUGCGUAUGUGAUAACGCUCUAUAGACCAGGCACUUUGACAUACAAUACCAAAUUUGGCAUGUGUUUACCUUGGAGGAUAGGUGUGUGCACUUCGGGUUAUUUAUUUUUAAAUUUUAAUUAGGAUCUUAAUUAAUUAAAAAUUAAUCAGGAUUGUGAUGUUUUUUAACGACAACUUUCGAAAAUAUUAUUUUAACGAAAUGAGUUUUGCAAUUUUUAAAUUCAAUUUGAAAAAUUAAAUUUCAAAAUUUAAAAAAUGCCUUUUUAAGGAUACUAAAGGAGUGUUCAAAUGAAAAUGUUCACUAUACACUGUGGGUAUAAAUGAAGACUUUAUUCAAAGUAUACACCAUAGGCCUGAGCACAACGAUCCCAUUGAUUAACGAGCCGAAGGAUUCCUUGUACACAGAAUUCCUGUGGCCGUGACGAGACUCAGUCCUUCACAGUGUCCUUGAGUUUGCCGUCCAAGGUCCGCUAAUUGGUUGAAUUCCUCGAGCACAGAAGAACCAUUAACUCCGAUGUGUACUGAGAGACAUCCUGAAGACUACGCAGGUCCAUCAAGAACAAAUGACCGGGGCUACUCACGAAGGGUGUGGUUCUGCUCCAUGAUAAUGCGUGUCCAGACAUCUCCAGGGUCACACACGCGGAACUGGCCAAGUUCAAGCGGGAGCAGCUCGAUCAUCCGCCUUACAGCCCGGACAUGUCAUCCUGCGAUUUUCCUGUGUUUGGUUCUAUUGAAAAAAAAACAAUGGAAAAGGAAGCGCUUCAACUCGGAUGGCGAAUUCAAGGACAUUGUGAAGGACUGGGACCCGUCAUAGCCUCAGGAAUUCUGGGAACAAGGAAUCCUUCAGCUCGUUAAUCAAUGGGAUCGUUGUGCUCAGGCCUAUGGUGUAUACUUUGAAUAAAAGCUUCAUUUAUAUCCACAGCGUCGUUUCAUACCUUUUAAUUGGAACAUCCCUUGCAAUUUAAAUGACGUGCAUUUCUUUCCAGAAUUAUGGUAAUUUAAAAAAAUAAUAAUAAUUUUCUGUUUUAUUUCCAUCAGGAGAUUGCAAUGUUACCUUGAAAUUCUAACCAUUAAAAUUUUAACUGUUUCAUAAAAUAUUUAAUCGUCUGAUUUUCUUGACGUGAAAGAUAAAGGAGAAAGAUUCUGAUUAAAAAUAUGCAAAUUUUACAAAACGAAUAAAAAAAAAUGAUGAGAAACAAUACUGCAAAUAUUAGAUAAAUCCGGACAUUUAUGUUUUUAAGUAUCACUGAGAUGUUAUUGGACUAGUCUGUAUGAGUAAAAUUCAUGCACACAAAGAACUAAACAUAGGUGAGGUAGUUAAAAUAAUAACCUUUAAUGUCUGACAGUUUGAUGGAAUCAUGGACGUAAAGUUGAAUUUAAACGAUUUAACUGAAAUUUAAUAUAACUAAUAUCCUACGGAAUUGCAUAAUCGACAAGUGCGACUAGUGUG